CCUGUGAAAUCCCGUAUCCAUACGACGAAACUAGGGUUUUCUUUUCUCGCUUUGUAAGGUUUUUGGAUUGAAUAAACCGCGUUUUGGCCCGCAGAUGCCUGUGUUCUAGUAGAUCUAUUGGUUGACUUGUACCGGAUGGCUAACGGCACGGAUUCAGAGCAGUUCGUGUUGCUGUCCGGGGUUCGAACUGGUCUUAAACGUGAAUUCGCUUUCGCUUUGAAGGUUCAAUCGGAGCUAUCUGGUUCACUUGGUCGGACUAGAGCGAGAAAGUUUCAGAAUAGCCCCACUGCUAAUGGAGUUUCUGGGAAUUCGAGCAAUAAGAGAUUCAAGAAUUCGCAUGCGAAGAAGGAAGCGAAGAAGGAAGCGAAGAAUGAUGCUGCGAAGCCUCAAAUUGACAAGGUGCUGAAGAGAGAUGUGGACAAAUCCCUAACCGAGGAGGAGCCCAAGGUCGAUCUGGCGAAAGCUACGGGUGGAGAGGAGACCAAUAACGAUCUCUCCGAGGAACCCAAGGUCGAUCUUCCGGAACCCAAUAGAGUAGAGGAGCAGAAGAAUUAUGGCCCUGUGCGGCCCCAAAACGAUGAGGCAAAAUCCGCAAACGAGAGGGAGAAGAGUGAGAUUGCGAAACCUGUGAAUGAGGAAGUGACUUGCCUGGAAUCCCCAAUGCUAAUUGAUGAUGGAAACAAAAUACAGCAUGCAUCGGAACCCACGAGAGUAGAGGAGCAGAAGAACGAUGGCCCGGUGGAAGCCAAAACUGAUAAGGUAAAAUCCGCAAACGAGAGGGAGAAGAGUGAGAUUGCGAAACCUGUGAAUGAGGAAGUGACUUGCCUGGAAUCCCCAAUGCUAAUUGAUGAUGAAAACAAAACACAGCAUGCAUCGGAACCCAUGAGAGUAGAGGAGCAGAAGAACGAUGGCCCGGUGGAGUCCAAAACUGAUAAGGCAAAAUCCGCAAACGAGAGGGAGAAGAGUGAGAUUGCGAAACCUGUGAAUGAGGAAGUGACCCUGGAAUCCCCAAUGCUAAUUGAUGAUGGAAACAAAACACAGCAUGCAUCGGAAACCAUGAGAGUAGAGGAGCAGAAGAGCGAUGGCCCAGUGGAGCCCAAAACUGAUAAGGUAAAAUCCGCGAACGAGAGGGAGAAGAGUGAGAUUGCGAAACCUGUGAAAGAGGAAGUGAUUUGCGUGGAAUCCCCAAUGCUGAUUGAUGAUGGAAACAAAACACAGCAUGCAUUGCCGGAGAGGCCCCUGAGGAGGUUUACUCGUUCAGCUUUGAAAUCUAAGCCAAAGCCCGUGGAGAUCUUAGAGACUUUAAAUGACGCUUCUUUUGCAUUAGCAGAUGUAAAGGGGAGAAAGAAUAGUGAGCUGAAAGAGGAGCCAAAAAGUAACUCGGUGAAAUCUCUGAGCGAGGAGAAUCGCAGGACUGAUCUGGUGACCCUAGGGACACCAGCAAGAGAAGUGAAGCUCGAGGAAGAGGGUUUUGAGAAACUCAACUCCGAUAAGAAAAUAUCAGAAGUAGGGGAGCAACUGAAGAAUGAUCCUACGAGAGUUCAAACGGAGGAAGGAACUAGUGUGGAAUCCACAAUGGUAAUUGAUGGUUUUAGCGAAGUACAGAAUGCCUCGCUCAAGGGGCCACCAAGGCGGUGUAUUAGUCCCACUGACUUAAAGCCAAAGGUAGAACCAAUGGAGGUUUCCACCUCUGCAGGUGGUGACUCUGUCGGAUCAGCAUAUGCUAAGGAUGAAAAAUCUGCAACAGGUGGUUCUUUAAUGUCAGAGGAAGCGAAGACUGGGCCUAUUGAAGGAGACGAGUGCAAAACUACCGAUGUUAUUAGCCCAUUGAGGGCAUCACCCAAGAAGAAGUUAGAAAUGAAAAUGUCGAAAAAAAUUUCUUUGACCAAAUUCCCCUCGAAGCUCCGGGAACUCCUCGAUACCGGUAUGCUUGAAGGACUGACUGUCAAGUACCUCCUUCGAGGGAAGAAAGGACUUCGGGGACUGAUCAAAGACUCUGGAAUUUUGUGUUGUUGUCCUUCUUGCGAGGGUUGCAAGGUUAUUACUCCUAUCCAGUUUGAAAUCCAUGCUGGUAGCUUAAAUAAGCGCCCGGCAGAUUAUAUUUACUUGGAGAAUGGGAACAGCUUCCGCGAUGUUAUGAAUGCAUGCAAGGAUGCUCCUUUAGACUCGUUGGAAGCAACAAUUCAAAGAGCAAUUGGUUCCUCUCCUGAGAAAGAUGCUACUGUAUGUCAGAAUUGCAAAAGGCCUUUUACUGCAUCAUGCACUAGGAGGUCAAUGCAUUUAUGCAGUUCAUGUGUAGAGGCAAAGGAAUGUCAAGACAGUCCACCUUGUAUAACUGGUGCUACUUCUAGGUCGUCAAAGUUGGCUUUGACUCCGAAGUGUUCUACCAAUGUUUCGAAGGGUAUCUCACCACCAAAUGGUAGUAAAGGGAAGAUAACAAGAAAAGACUUGAGAUUGCAUAAGUUGGUCUUUGAGGAAGGUGGGUUACCGGAGGGUACUGAAGUAGCUUAUUAUGCACGCGGACAGAAAUUGCUUGAGGGUUAUAAAAAGGGGUUUGGAAUAUUCUGUCGUUGCUGCAACAGUGAGGUCAGUCCUUCACAGUUUGAAGCACAUGCUGGUUGGGCUUCACGUCGCAAACCCUACCUACACAUUUACACAUCUAAUGGGGUGUCACUACAUGAAUUGUCGAUAUCUCUUUCAAAAGAUCGGAAACUUUCUGCCAAAGACAGUGAUGACCUCUGCACCAUCUGUGCAGAUGGUGGGGAUCUGCUGCUUUGUGAUGGAUGCCCCAGGGCAUUUCACAAAGCUUGCGUGUGUCUGUCAAACAUCCCUCAUGGUGAUUGGUACUGUAAAUAUUGCCAAAAUAUGUUCCAAAGAGAAAAGUUUGGUGAGCAUAACGUUAAUGCUAGGGCUGCUGGAAGGGUUUCCGGAGUUGAUCCUAUUGAACAAAUAUCCCAGAGAUGCAUACGAAUUGUCAAAACCUCAGAAGCUGAAGUUGGUGGAUGUGCCUUAUGCCGAGGCCAUGGAUUUAGCAAAUCAGGAUUUGGUCCACGGACUGUUCUACUAUGUGAUCAGUGUGAGAAGGAAUUCCAUGUUGGCUGUUUGAGGGAUCACAAAAUGGCAGAUUUAAGGGAAUUACCCCAGGGGAAGUGGUUUUGCCGCCCAGAUUGCUUUAGGAUUCAUACUGUUUUGCAAAAGUUGCUCGUUCGUGGACCAGAGAAGAUGCCAGAGUCUCUUUCAAACAUUAUAAAGAAGAAGCAUGAGGAAAAUGGUGAAGAUGGUGAUCUUGAUGUAAGAUGGAGGCUUCUCAGUGGGAAGUUAGAUUGUCCUGAGACUAAACUGUUGCUUGCCAAGGCUGUGGCUAUCUUUGGAGACCGGUUUGAUCCUAUUGUUGAUUUUACAACGGGUCGUGAUCUUAUACCAUCAAUGGUCUAUGGAAGGAAUAUCAGGGGCCAAGAAUUUGGAGGGAUGUAUUGUGCAGUAUUAACAGUGAACUCUUCUGUUGUAUCAGCUGGAAUUUUUCGGAUUUUUGGAACUGAAGUUGCAGAACUUCCUUUAGUUGCUACAAGUAGUGAUAAACAGGGACAGGGCUACUUCCAGUCCUUGUUCUCUUGCAUUGAAAGGCUUCUGGGUUUCUUACAUGUAAAGACCCUAGUGCUCCCAGCAGCUGAUGAGGCUGAAUCCAUAUGGACAAAAAAGUUUGGGUUCAUGAAGAUAGCUCCGGAUGAGCUGAGCAAGCUGAGGAGAGAUUGCCAGAUGAUGACCUUUCAGGGAACUUCAAUGCUACAAAAACCAGUUCCCAAGUGUCGAGUUGUUGGUAAAUCAUCUGGUAGCUGAUAAUAAAGCCCCAGCAGGAGUGACCAAAGAUGAGCGAGCCUUCUGUUUUUGUUCGUUACUAUGCAGUUCCUUUCACUUCAAUUGUACAGGGAGCAGUCUAUAAUUUUUGUGUACAUAGAGAAAUGGGACUUGCUUCCCGAAGAAGAAUUUGUUUUGCAAUUCUAUAUUUUUUUUCUGGUUAAUUUUGAUGUAGCAACCAAAGAAAUGACGAUGGAUCCAGUUGGUUGGUAGGUGAUGUAGGAAAUUGCUAGCAGUUAGUCUAUAGUCGGAAAAAUUCAAUCUUUUUGAACCGAGGGAUUGUGAAGGACCGCAGCAUCCUUUUGUAAAUUGUGGGAAGUUUAGAACCUCAUUUUACCCUGGUAUGCUCUCUGGUGAAGUAAAUGUUUAUUAUUUAUUUCUUUACUGUUGCUU